AUGGCUAUCAGGGUUUUGUUUUUUGGUGGGUUUGUUUCUUUUUUAGAUCUGUUUGAGGACCGACACAUGUGGGUGCCUAUUUUUUUCAAGAGUCAAUUCUGGGCUUCCAUGAGGAGUACGCAGAGGAGUGAGGGUAUGCACUCAUUCUUUGGUGGAUACUUAAAUUGUAAGACUAGUUUGGUCCAGUUCGUCCACGAAUUCGACAAUGUCCUAGGAACGAAAGAGCAGAAGGAACUGGAGGACGAUGCUGCAGACUCGAGAGGUCUAAUCCCAUGUUCAACUAGAUCCGCCAUCGAGAGACGAUUUCAAAAAGAGUAUACCAACGAGAUGUUUAGGGAUGUCCAAACCGAGUUUGGCAAGAAGGCUGAUUGCACUAUUCGUGCCGUAGAUGAACAGGGCAACUCCGCUAGGGUAAAAGUGGAAGAGGAAAUACUAGUCUAUGAGACGACUCGAUAUGUUACGUUUGACGUCCAUUUUGAUCAUUCGACACACGAGGUUCGAUGUGAUUGCAACUUGUUCGAGAGUGCAGGUAUAUUUUGUUGCCACUGUCUUGUAGUACUUUCAUCUUACAAAGUUAAUGAGGUACCUUCCUGCUAUGUUUUACCUCGUUGGAGCAAGAACAUAAAGCGCAAGCACACCUACAUUAAGAGUAGCCACGACUUUAGACGUUCAAAUGAAAGCCACAACAUAUUCAGAGAGUUGUGUGCACAUUUCUACAAUGUUGCACAGGAAUUCGUGGACUGUGAUGAUGAGGCAGACAUGCUGCAUAAUGUUCUGGAGGAUGCAAGGGCCAAGCUAGUAGAUUACCGUGGUAAGAUGCGAAAUAACACUGUCGCUACUGCACACAAUAGCAUCAUCACAGGCCCUUCAACCAUUUUCGGCACAGAGGACAUUCAGGCCCCAUCAAAGGAUAAUCGUGUAGAAUCUGCUGCAAAUCAAGCUUUGAAGGCUUCCACUCAGCAGAUUGCUAAGCAAGGACUUGGUGGAUUCAUGUCGCUCUUAAACUCCUUUGACAAUACCUAG